AUGGGGCUCGGUCUCAUCCAGAAGUACAUUGAUGGCCACAAUGUUGGACUUGUACACAGUAGCUCCCGUUACGAGCUCACGCCCCGGCUGGUUAACUACACGCACCCCAACGACCGAGAAUUGGACAGUUCAAUCUAUCAGCCCAUGGUGCAGUCUAAAUGCAGGGUUUACGAAAAACAAUACUUCACCGAGCCGGGUCAAAGCAUGACAUAUCCAACGGAGGCCAUGAAUUGUUUUGGCGACAGAGACUGCGAGAAAGUUAGGGACACUCCACCGACUUUCAAUGAGAAGUUUCUGUUCACCGAAACCGAGGAGGAUGAGACGAUCUCCACUGAGUACACUAUAGAGGGUGGCAAAGUAAGCUCCGUGGUUCUCAUCGCCGGACAAGUUCCAAACACAGAUGAUCACACGAAGGACAUAGCCUACACCUGCAGCCUUCUAGCCACUUGGAUCCCCUCGAACUUUUCCUUGGACCCUGCAGUCAGCGAUGUUCUGUACUCUAGCCUGAGUAAUGCAAAGACACUGCGGUCAGUCUAUAACCAGACAUCGGUUGAAGAGGCCCGCGUCAUCAGGUUCAACCGCACCUGGCUUCCGUACCUAAAUCCUUCGUACGAGAUGACGACUGAAGGUGGCAUCAGCUUUAAUACCUCAGCCGUGCUCAGAAUUAUCGACCUCAUCGGCGGCUUAGGUUCCAGGGCCAGCAGUUCCAGGAAGUGGCCCAUCUAUGAUAGAAAGGCAGAAGACGCGGAGCUCUUCCUCUCUAAGGUAUUCGGUGUCUACCUUACUGAGGCUUUAGCACGCACGGGAAUGGCUAGGUCCAUGAUGAUGAUACAAGAGGGCGACGACGAAAAGAUGCAAGGCAUCGAUUUGAACACACAGUACACUAACUCCGAUGGAAUGUUCAACGUCGAGCUGCUCCAUUCAAAUCAAACUCAAUGGAACUUUGGCAGGGGUGUUGAUGUGAGGAACUACACUCUUCUGAAUUUCGACUUCGACGUCAGGAGAUACGGAUACGGAACGGGCCAUCAGCGGAAGACCGUUACCUUCGCACGGGUGAUGAUGUACAUCUACCUAGCAACGGUUGUGCUCUACGCCCUCACAGUCGGCUUUGCACAUGCUGUCGAGCUGACCGGUAGGGGAAGGAGGCUACGGGUCCUCAGUGUAGUGCCGUGGGCGGACCUACAAGACCUAAUCGUUCUUGCACUCAAGACGCCUCCUCCCAGAGAUGCCGACCUUGCAGACGCUGGCGCGGGGGUCAGCUCCCCUAGUGUGUGGAAGAAGACUGUGAAGGCUCGAGCGGAUGAGCAGCAUAAUGUGCAGCUCGUGCUAAACGACGAGCCGGGGAUGGAAAGGUUGGAUGUCACUGGGAAAGAGAAAUACUUUUGA